AGACUUUUUUCAUUUGUUUUUAUUUUUCAUUUGUUUUUAAUUGUUUUUUUUAAUUCUAAACUUGACAAACACCAAAAGAACAUGUCCAUUUUCAUCAUAAAACAGAAAGUGGGAAUUGAAUAAGAAACUGGGAAUCUUUAUUAUACUUCCUAUUCUUUUAAAACAUAAUAAACAUUAAAACUAGGCAUUGAAGUGAUCCUAUGAAUAGAACACCAGGUCUGGAGCCAGGAAGACCUGAAUUCAAAUCUGACUUCCUACAUUUACUAACCUUGUGAACUUGAGCAGGUGAUUUAACCUUUAUUUGCCUCCGUUUCCCCAACUAUAAAAAGGGGAUAGCAUCUGCUUCCCUGGGUUGGUGUGAGGAUCAAAUGGAAUAAUAAUUGUGAAGUACUUAGUACCUGCUGCAUAUUAACUGCUACAUAAAUAAACAGGGUAACAGGACAAAAGAUUGUCUUGAAUACUGCUGCAUAAUCUACUGAACAAAAUCUGGCUUUUUGAGAUGCCUUCAGAGUGUAAAUGGUACAAUAACAAAUAGAAUUGCAUAAAAACAUAUAAUUAUUAUUUCAUCAUGGAACUUGCUAGAACUCGAAAUUGCAGAAUAGUUCUUGAUUUGCUUGUAGAGAGAGUUUUACUGCCUGGAGUUCUCCACAGAGAUCUCCACAGAUCACAGGUCUGAACAAAAAAAUCCCCUAAAAGCUCACAUUUCUGGAAGAUUUUAGUACUUUCUUGAGGUAGAAAGCACAGGUGGAGCCUAAUGUAUAGCCAAGGUUAAGAAUAUUGGUCCACGUCCCUCAGCUAGAGACAGGAUUUGAAUCCAGGUUCUGGGACUCCAGGGAGCUAUUGGCACUUCCAGGGCACCAAUGUCGCCUUGCCUAUCUUCUUGGGUUUAGUUUCUGAGACCAAGCUAAUUCCCUGACUGUCUGUGCUCUAUUAGCAGCCUUAAAGGGCAAACACCAGUUUUCCUGUUCCACCUGUGUCCCUGUUCCUGUCACUCAUUGUUCAGUAGGCUGGGACACAUUUUGUAAUAUCACAGGGAACAGCGAGGCCCAAUGACCUCCCAUUGGGCUCCCCCUGCUCCGGCUGCUGCUGCUGUUAAUCCUCCUGGCGGCCGGAGAAGUUCAGGCUUGGCCUUCGGACUAGAAGUCUCCUGGAUGGAGCAGCCCCUUAGGUGCCAGGUCUGAGCGAUGGCUGAGAAACUGGGAAAAGAGCCUGAGGCAGAGUGCCCGGUCUGCUGGAACUCAUUCAACAAUACUUUCCGAACCCCCAAGCUCUUAGACUGCCGCCACUCCUUCUGCAUCGAAUGCCUGGCCCACCUGAGCCUGGUCUCUUCGUCCCGGCACCGGCUGCUGUGCCCCCUGUGUCGCCACCCUACGGUCCUGGCUUCAGACCGGCCCGUGACUGACCUGCCCACAGACGCUGCCAUUCUUACCCUGCUCCGCCUAGAACCAAACCACAUCAUUCUGGAGGGCCGCCAUCUCUGCUUCAAGGAUGAGCGUAAAAGCCGAUACUUCUUGCGCCAGCCCAGGGUCUACACCCUCAACCUGGGGGUCGAGCCCGAGAGCCAGGCAGGCCCACCCCAGCAGGGGGCGGCACCUCCCGCCCCCGUGCCCAUCCCUAGUCACCUGUCCCUUCGAGAGUGCUUCCGCAAUCCUCAGUUCCGAAUCUUUACCUACCUGAUGGCUGUCAUCCUCAGUGUUGCCUUGCUGUUAAUCUUCUCCAUCUUCUGGACUAAACAGUUCCUCUGGGGUACGGGGUGAGACCUGAGCCCCAGGCCAAGGAGAGGACCAAAAAGCCAGUCAAUACAGGGAGUUCUGGGAGGGCCAGGCUAACCCACCGCCUGUUACUGGAGAGACCCCACUCCUGCCCCAUUUUCCAGAUGAGGAAGCUGCUGAGCCCAGAACUAGAUAGGGCCCCAUUUCUGCAGUGUUUGGUCCAUCAUCAGCCAGGAAUCCACUGUCUAUUUACUGUUAAUCAGUGUCUGAGCCCAGAAACUGAGGGGGCUAAGGAGGGACCCAGGUGCCAUUUUCCCAAGGAUGCUGAAAUGGGAUUCCAAUUCUUUGUUGCUGCCAGGUGGGAGGAAGGGAUAUUUCCAAAAGUUACCUCAGAGGGCAAAUCAGCCAUGGUUCCCCUGAUGAGGGAAGAGCAGGUUAGUGACAACAGGAAGCAUCCAGGAGCCUGUAUGUUGUUCAAGUUGGCUUCAGACCCCAAAGUAGCCCCUCCCAGCUUCAGCCCUAGUUUUUCCAAGUUGUUUUCUCUCUGAUAGACCCCUAAAAAAUUUGUGUGCAUGUCAGUCAAUAAACAAUUAUUAAGCAUC